CAACCUACCGACAGACAAACAAACAGACAUCCAUAGCAAAUUUAACUCUCUGGCACCCGGUAUCAAAAUCUUAAAUAAAAGCUCGCUUCGUCUCCUCGGAUCCCCAGUUCUUGACGAAUCGAUUCCCAAAUAUAUUGACGAUGAAAUCACAAAAUUCCAGGAAUCAUCGCAUCGGCUGGUACAAAUUAAUCCGCAAAUCGCCCUGGUAAUCAUCAGAUACUGUCUUUUCGUUCCAAAAUUUACAUAUGUACUGCGAUGUUCACCUAUUUGGAGACACCAAAAUUUACUUAAUAAUUUGGAUGCGAUGAUCAGAAACAUAUUAACCGAAAUCCUAAAUUGCCAACUGGAUAACCGCAGCUGGGCCCAGGCAUCGCUGCCGAUACGGUUCGGCGGCCUGGGCAUCCGCUCGGCGUCCAGUGUGGCCCUCCCGGCGUUCCUGUCCUCGGCACACAGUACGGCUGGCCUCUACGGAAAGAUAAUUUACCCAUCGCUUGGCGAUGCAGAGGUCACCUACUUGGCCGAGGCCAGGAGCGCCUGGUCAGAUAUCGCCGGCCCACAACAAGAUGUCCCUCGACUACCGGAAUCCCAGAGACUGUGGGACGAGCCGAUCUGCAGGCAGGUUCAGGAAAAUCUCUUAGAAACUGCCACCAGCCCUGCAGACCGCGCCCGCCUCAUGGCUUCUGCCGAACCGGAGUCGGGACAUUGGUUGAGGGCCCUUCCAUCUGCGAGUGUGGGCACACUGCUGGACCGCAACACUUUUAACCUUUCUGUCUGUUUGAGACUAGGCUGUAAGACCAACGAGCCACAUCGCUGCCGUUGCGGGGACCCCGUCGACCAGCUAGGCCACCACGGCCUCUCCUGUCAGCGGAGUGCCGGCCGAUUACCCCGCCAUGCGGCCCUUAACGACGUCAUACGUCGGGCCUUUGCGAGCGCCGGAAUCCCCGCCAUUCUGGAGCCAACCGGCCUGGCGAGAGACGACGGGAAGAGGCCCGACGGUAUGACCGUAAUGCCCUGGAAGUACGGGAAAUGCCUAGUCUGGGACGCCACAUGCACCGACACAGUGGCCCCCUCCCACAUCCAGGGUAGUGCCGCGGCGGCGGGCACGGCGGCGGCUGCUGCAGAAAACCUCAAACGGCGCAAAUACAACGGUCUGUCUGACAGCUACAUAUUUGUGCCGUUUGGGGUUGAGACCCUGGGGCCCUGGGGACCCGAAGCGCGACGACUAGUAAAAGAACUUUCGUCGCGCCUGGUCGAGGUAUCAAGGGACCAGAGGGCUGGCAGCUAUCUCAGCCAGCGCAUCAGCCUGGCUAUACAGAGAGGGAACGCUGCCAGCCUCCUCGGAACCAUCCCAGGCGACGGCAGCGAACUAAAAGAAAUAUUCUACCUUUGA